GCUAGCGGAUGCCACUCCUCCGUUAUUAUGCGCCUGCUAACAGUUAGCCGCUAGCUAGCAGCUAACUAGUAGCUGUGCUCAGCUCCAUUGGAAGCCAUGGCUGGCGACUGGCGAGGCUUUGCUUUGUUGGAAGAAGCCGAGCUCUUUUCCGGCUGCUUAAGGGACCUGCUCUCCUCCGGACAAACGUACGUCCGGAGCCAGUUCGGCUUGGACUUGGGUCUGAAGCCCGAGCAGUACCCGACCUGGUUGAUGCUGACCACGGCCGUCGUCGCUCUGCUGUUCCUGCUCGCUGGGUCCUGGGCCGCCGUCUGCGGAGCGCUGCUGGCCGGCAGGAGGCGGCCGGGAUGCCGGGUCCCCCACGUCGGCUGCGAGCCGUCUGCCAAGGCCCCUUUGACGACCAAACCUGCUAAACCAGAGGAGGUGAAGAAAAGGAACCAAAAUAAAGUGCGAGACAAGAAGACUCAACAGCCUAACGGACAGCCUGCCUCCAUGCUUCCAGAGGAAGUCAAAGUCCUCGGGGUGCUCUCCAAACCGCCGCCGCAGUCCAAAACUCAGAAGGCGCCUGAAGUGCAAGCGCCCGCAGUGCUGGUGAAAAAAAACAAGAAAAAAGCCAAAACUAGUGUCAAAGCGACUCAUAAUGUGUCUACAUAUGACUGCAAGGAGCUUUGUGAUGACACAUGGGAGACCAAAGUUAGCAACCGAGAGAAGAGGCAGCAACGCAGGAAGAACAAGGGCCCAGAGUCGCUUGGUGGUACAGAGGGGGCGGACGCUGCCAAGGGCCACGUGGAGGCGGCAUUAAAGGUUAAGAAGAACAGAGCAGUUUCAGAGUCGCAGCGUUUAAGAGCAGCUGCUAAAGUGGACUCACCCCGAGCAGUUGGGUUGUCCACCCGACGGGAGGUGUCUUCCGUUAAUGGCGGCGGGUGGAAUAACUUUUCCAUGAAAAUCCCAACUCAGGUGUCAUCUAUAGAGGCGAGUAAGUUUGCUGCAGACUACCAGACCCAACCCGAGGCCCAGUCCUGGACGCAGGAGUCACAAGUGGCGUGGAGCAGUAUCGAUGUCCAGAGGAAGUCGGACCUCAACCCCAUCUCUUUCUCCAUGUUGCGACUGAACCCUGCAGCAAAGUCCAUGGAGCUGCAGUGGACCAGCCAUGCUGAUGCUGACGAUGAAUGGGGCGAUAUAAACGGGGUGACCCCUGUGGAUUCCACCUCAGACUGGAACGCCCCAGUUGAGCACUGGGGUAACUAUGAGGAGCCUCCUGUGACGGUGACGGUGGUUCAGCGCAAGGACAAAACCAUUCUCAAAAAGGUGUCAGAGGAUAAGGACUGCGAGGAUCCAGCAGGGGUAGCUGUCAAGUCCAAGAAGAAACGAAAAAAGAAGAAGAGACUGGAAGAAGAGGCGGCGUCUGAGGCCCAGGUAGUGAAUGCAGUUCUUAAACCUCAACAACUUCCUGCUCUGGCCUCCAAGAAGCCGAGUCCCAACUCAUUAUCUCAGAAGCGAACUGAGCAGUUGGCAGAGGCCUCCCUCAAGAAAAAGCGAUUCGGAGGAACCUGGCUGCACUGACGGAACGUUUGCUGCUGGUUACGUAAGGGACUCGUGGGAGAAAUGGAGAGUCCUGUGCCUCAGUGCUUUCCAUCGAGGAAGUGGAAGACCUCUGUCUAUUUGUAACUUUGAUCGCAUUGCAUCUGCUGAUUGAGCUGAGCAUUGCUUUGGUGUAUCGUCAAAUUCGGAAGACGAUUGCAGCCAUUUAAGAAGCCCAAAGGCUGACCGUCGCAAUGGAAGGCAUGGGUUGGGCUGUAUGAACACCGACUGUGGGGAUUUCAGAACUGAAUCAUAAGUUGGACAACAUCACUGAAAUGCAAAGAUUGAUAGGCGUUCUGACAUUCCUCCCUCCUUUGACAACACCUUGGAGUUGAACUUUGCUCGUAACACCUGCAGACCGACUCCAGGCCUAUAGACACAACAACACUACACACACCCUGGUAAUGGGCACACACCCCGACCCCACGCCUUUGCUACCGCUUCACUCCACGUGGUAUGAUUGACAUCGGAGCAGCUUCGGGCCGGAUGCCUGCCCCCUCCCUCCUGUUGCAAAAUGUUUGUGUGCUUUUUGCUAUCAAAUUUUUUUCUCGGCCGCAGUCUGUGCCUCCCCCAUAGGAGCCCAGUUUGAGAAUUAGGUUUUUUUUUUACUCCUACUUCCCCAGCGUCUAAAUUUUUUCCCACCUUUUACCGGGCGCCAUUAAGUGGAGAUUCAUCACUGUUCUUGUUCUGUCUACCUGUACAAUGUGUGUUUGUCUAAUCUAACGGGUUUGUGGUAAAAAUUAAAUGUUGUUGUACUUGCGCAAUGACAAUAA